AGAACUCGGGUGUAUUAGUGGUUUAUGGGGAGGUGCAGGUUUUGUGUAGGCGGUUUAGUGAGAAAGUUUGUGCGGAAAAGCCAUUCAGGCUCAGACAAAUAUAGCUUCUCCAAUCAACCUAGGAUGAAUGUGUGGACUGUGGGAGGAAAUUGGAAAGCUCCAGCCAACGUGCAAGUUCAAACCCAGAACCUUCCGGUUGUGAGGCCAUGGUGCUAACCGCUGUGCCAGCCAGUUUUGGAUAAAUAAACUGCUUUGUCGUGGUUUGUCUGUAGUUUUAGUAAAGUAAGUGUGACAGGUUUUUUUUGGUAACUAUAUAAGGAGACAAUAUAGUUGAGAUAUGGUUUUGGGGGUUAAUACAGGUAUGAUUUUAUUGUCAGCAGUUGAGAGUGAAGCCUCGGGAGUCCGAGCCAGCUAGUUCUCAGGGAGGGACUCAUUUUGCCAGCAGCAGCCUCAUACCCCCUUCCCCAUGUAAUUGUAGGUUUUUGUUAACCACUGGUUAUUUUUAUAUGCUUUUAAGAGUUGAGCAAAGCACAUAUUUAAAUUGCAAGGUGGAAGAGUUCAUUAUGGCUUCACUUGGUGGUUUUUCAGAAAACGUCAAGCUUUCCAAAGUCCCCCAAUAAACUGUUGAUUGUUAUAUUUACAUUUUUUUUUAAUUCAAACAAUCUGAAAACUUUUCAAGCUUGUACAGUAUGAUGGAAGUGCUAGCUUGCCUAUGACUUUAAAUCUGUCUUCUCCAUAAAAUGAUUUGCAUGUCUCUUGUUAUUGGUUGUUGGAGCUCCUGUGGACACUUCUGAUUGGUUCAGCUUUUGUUGCUUCCCCUUUUCCUGAACAUGUCUUUCAGAUCAUGAGACUUGUGGUUAUUUCACAAGGCCACAAGCUCCAAUCCCUCUCUACUUAUAAAGUCGGAAUGAGGUCCUUCAAGCCCGCGGUGCUGCUGCACUUAAUUCUGAUCAGCCUCGUCUCAGGGCUGCACUAUCCAAAUUCACCUUUUUCCAAAGUGCCUUUCCUGACUGUGUGGAACGCCCCAAGUGCCAACUGCCUCUCUCAGUAUGGCGUUGACCUUGACCUGGGGAUGUUUAACAUUGUCCAAAACCAGAAUCAAACCUUUAUGGGUCAGAACAUAACCAUCUUUUAUGCUGAGAAGCUUGGUCUGUAUCCAAGGUAUUCCCCCCAGGGAGAGGCUAUUAAUGGCGGGGUUCCACAAAACAGCAGCCUUGACAAACAUCUCAAAGUUGCCAGGGAGAAUGUAAACACCUAUAUCCCUGACAGGGGUUUCCCAGGCCUGGGUGUGGUGGAUUGGGAAAGUUGGAGACCUGAAUGGGAGAGAAACUGGGACACUAAGAAGAUAUACCAGGAGGGGUCAAAAGCGCUAGUGAGGUCUAAGCAUCCAGACUGGAGCCCCAAACAAGUAGAUGACGCAGCACGUGUGGAGUUUAACAAAGCUGCGAGGAAUUUCAUGGAGGAAACUCUGAAAUUGGGGCAGGCAGCAAGACCAGAUGGUUUGUGGGGCUUUUAUGGUUUUCCAAACUGCUACAACUACUACACCAACAAAAGCACAGGCUACACAGGGGAGUGUCCACCUGUGGAGUUAAAGAGAAAUGACAGGCUUCUCUGGCUGUGGAGCACCUCCUCUGCUCUGUAUCCCGACAUCUAUCUCAGCAUCCAGAUGCAAAGUCUCAGCAGAGAAGUGCUCCUCUACUGCCACCACCGCAUCCUGGAGGCAAUGAGAGCAGCGGAUCAGGUGACUCCGUUUGCGCCACCCGUGUACGCCUAUGCUCGCAUCGUCUACACAUACACGCUGGAAUUUCUCUCUCAGGAGCACCUGGUCUACACUGUCGGAGAGAGUGCCGCUUUAGGCUCUGCCGGUGUAGUUCUUUGGGGCGACCACGCUCUUUCCAAAACUCAGGCUACCUGUGCUGCCGUCAAGUCCUACAUCGAUAACACUCUGGGUCCUUACCUGGUAAACGUGACAUCAGCGGCUACGCUUUGCAGUCAGAUCAUGUGUUCCUCUCAUGGACGGUGUCAGAGGAAGGAUCCGCAGUCGAAGGCCUACCUCCAUCUUGACCCUGCCUCGUGGAAAGUGGUGUCCAAGAGGAAACCAAAUGGAUGGAGGAAAUACAAAGUUUUAGGACGUUUGCAGCCACAUCAUGUAAAGCUAAUGGAGUCUGAGUUUCAGUGCAGAUGUUACGCUGGGUGGAGGGGUCAGAGCUGCUCUGAGCCUGUUCAGCUAUAAGACUUAGGUAAGCAAGUGAGAGCAUUGUUUAAAUAAGUGGCAGUAAAAUUUGAGGAAUUGAAAACUCAAAGAGUGCAUGCGCUCUCCUGUUAAGGGAAAUUCUUUAAGCAGUGUCAUGGUUUUUGGCUUUUUUGUUUUAGCCUUUUUCUUUUUUCAAACUUGUAAAUGCAGCAGCUUUGCACUUUUGAAACUAGUAGCUAAUUAAUGGCUUCUUAGCAGUGAAUGUAUCAAGAUACACUAAGACACUUUAUUAGGUACACCUGGCUGGACCCUCUUUUGCCCUAAUUCUUUGUGGCAUAGAUUCAACAAAGUGCAGGAAACAUUCCUCAGACAUUUUGGUCCACACUGACAUGAUAAUAUCAUGCCGUUGCUGCAGAUUUGUCAGCUGCACAUGGUGCAAGCCUCUGAUGUCACCACAUCCUAAUGGUGCUCUUUUGGAUUGAGAUCUGGUGACUGUGGAGGCCGUUUGAGUGCACUGUCAUGUUUGAAAAACUAAUUUGAGAUGAUCUGAGCUUUGGGAUAUAAAAGCAUCUAUCAGAAUAUGAAUACACUGUUGUCAUAAAGGGAUAGCUACGUUCAGCAACAAUACUCAGGUAGGCUACGGUGCCCAAAAUGUGCUAAGAGAAAAUCCCCCACACCAUUAUAUCUUCACCACCAGCAUGAGCCGUUCAUACAAGGCAGGAUGGAUCCACGUUUACAUGUUGUUUACACCGAAUUCUGACUGUACCAUCCCAGUUUCAGGGCAGAAACUGAGCCUUGGCAGACCAGGCAAAACUUUUAUGAUCUUCUAUUGUCCAACUUUGGUGAGCUCAUUCGAAUGGUACCCUUAGUUUCUUGUUCUUAGCUGAGAGGAGUAGCACCCGGUGUGGUCUUCUGCUGCUGCUUCUGUUUCAAGAUUUGACGCGUCAUGUGUUCAGAGAUGUUCUUCUGCAUACCUUGUGGUAAUGAGUUGACCUCUGACCUCCAGUAUCAACAAGACAUUUUCCCCCAGAGUAACUGCUGCUCACAGGAUAUUUCCUCUUUUUCAGAUCAUUCUCCGCAAACUUUAGAGAUAAUUGUGUGGGAAAAUCCCAGAAGAUCAGCAGUUUCUGAAACGCUCAGGCUAACCUAUCUGGCACCAACAACCAUAACAUGUUCAAAGUCACAUAAAAUCACCUUUCUUCCACAUUCCGAUGCUCAGUUUGAGCAGCAGGUCGUCUUGACCGUGUCUGCAUUCCUAACGAGGCAUUAUCCCAUGCAUCAAUAAGCUGUUAGACAGAUGUACCUAAUAAAAUGUCCAGUGAUUGUAUAUUAUCAUUUGAGUGACAGAAAUCAGCUUUAAACUUUUAUGCGACUACAGUUUUUACAGAGGGUUUCCUCUACUGCAGUAUUUUGUUUUAUUACUUUGAACUUUUCUUACUUUGUCCAUAAUAAUGUUGGGCACAGAGUUUGAAUUCAGUGCUCACUUUCUGUUCUUUAAUGGUAUUUUAAGGUGUGUUACUACGGGUAAAAAAAAUCUCAGCUUAUCAGUGAAGGAGCUCUGGUGUCCAGCAGCUGAACAAUGCAGUAUUUGUAUACUCAGAGACAUUCUGAUUUCAUUUAGGGAAAAGGUUUGAUUGCAACUCCGUCCUGUAUUUAUGUGAAACAAAGAAGCACAUACAAGAAGCACUGUCAAGACUGAGCAAUGGUUUAAAGUUGAAAUAUUUAAAUACAGUAUUAAGAGUUCUUUGUGGGUAAAAACAAUUACAAAUUAGUGCUCAGAAAACACUAUUAUAAUGUCUUUAAACAUUUGUGCAAGGACCAAUUAAUGUUAAUUGUCACUGCGUGAAACCUGCGGGUGUUCUCCUGGAUUUUAAAUGUUAGAACUGGAUGAUCAUGGCUGCUGUAGCACCAUCUCUCUUUUCCUUGAUAAUUUAUUUCCAUAAUAAAUUCAUAUAUAUUUGAUACUUUA